AUGUUUGAAUCACCUAUUAUAUCGUAUAAUUCGAAGGAUAGGAAGCGUAGGAAGCUCAAGUAUAAGUAUAUUAAUUCUUUAAAAAGGAAAUAUGAGCAUCUAGUGGGGACUCAAGGUGGGUCCAAAGGUAGUACUAAAGAUACCAGUGGGUUACCAACGCCUGGUAACAGUGCGGCCGAAGCUAGUGAUGGAGAUGGGAGGGAAGAAGAUGAAUUAUCAAGGCUAAGGAGAAGGAAACGAAGAAUAAGACUACAAAGUAUUUUAGGUCAUGCAGCAGAUGAGGAUGAAGAUGAAGCUGAAGCUGAAGGUGCUGUUGGUUCUGAAGAUGAUGAUGGAUACGAAGAUGGUUAUUUGGAUGAAAAGGAUCCGGAAAAAAUAUUUUACUCGAAAUAUUAUGUACCUGAAGAGACGUAUGAAGUCUGGACAACAUCAAUUAAUAAUAGAAUUCCAAUUCAGAGAAGGUCGAUGAGUUACCAUGUAUUUAGAACGAUUGAAAAAUAUGCGCAUAAAAAAGUAGCAGCUAGUUUGGCAUUAUCUAGUAAAAAACUAACAGGGUUCUUUGAGGUUAUACGGUCAGGGUAUGAAACAUGUCCGAGGGAGAGAAUCACAAAUUAUCAAAAAGUGCAUUUGCAUCAUCUUGUGGACUUGCUGUAUAUUAAUAUUCUGCGAGGAGACUUUGAUACAGCAUAUAGGUGUUUUUCAUUGCUGAUAAGAAUGAAUUUUGUCGAUUUAAGAUCUAUGUGGAACCUGGGUUCAAAAAUUUUGGAACACUAUAACCUUGAUGAUCAGGAGAGGUUUCUUGAGUGGAUGAGUACAGUUUUAACUUCGAAUUCUGCAUUCCCGCAAAAUUCAAAGAAUCAAUUAGACCCUGUAUUUAGGAGUGGGUCUAGGACGCAUAUUCCUAACUUUGUUUUAAGUUGGCUGUGGUUAGUCCUAGAAAACGCUGUUAAGGAAAGGGUGUUUUCUUCUGGUCAUGACAUUAAUUGGUUGUUGGAUAAAAUUUCCGAGUUAGUUCUUCGACCUCCUUAUAUGGAUGAUGCUGAAGUGUGGUUUAUUUAUGCUAUGUGUUAUUUCAUCAAGGCGGAUAAGUUAUCAUUACAACUUAAACAGGAAGGUAGCUUAAAUGGCUUGAAAGGGUCUCAGCUGGAUAUUGCUAGAAACCAAGUCAUAGAAAACAUUCAUCAUGUGAAAAACCACCUCCGUAUUUGUGAAGAAAAGGGUGGGUUUCAAUACCCCAAAAGGGUCAUUGAAGCCCAAUUAGUUGAAUUUGAGAAGAGAUUGUAUCCGGAAUCAUCUACACAUAUAAACUACCCGGGGUAUGAAACUUUUCCACUCGAAGAGAGUGAUACUGAAGAUAACCUGGUAUCUAUUAACUUCCUUCAAGAUAGAUUUGAUGCACAGGUUAUCCAAGACUUUAAUGUGCAGCAACCUAUUGAUGAAGACGGUCCAUUUGUCGAACAACCAGUCCAUUUCGGUAUGGGCUCGGACUAUAGUGAAAGUGAGUGA